CCCGGGCUGAGCAGCUGCUGCUCCCCGGGGUCUGUGCGGGGGGAGCCCGGCAUUAACCCCCCCGUGCCCGGCCGGGGGGGGGCUUUCUCCCCGCCCCCUGGGCAGCCCCGGGCCGGAGCCCCCCGGUGAGUGAGAGACCCCGGGGGCCGGGCAGGAAAGUGACUCUCCGCCCCGGGGGACCUGGGAGAAGCCUCGGAGCUGCAGCAGGAUCUGCCCCCGGCACCGCUGGGAUCGGGGCCUUCCAUUCUCCUGUUAAAGAAGCAUCCCGCAGGGCUCCCUCUGCCUAUGUGACUGGCCAGCACGGGGUGGUGAUAACUUUCUAUCCACUCAUCAGACACUGUGAGAGUUCUGCAAGGUUGUUAUAGUUACCAUCUUGGAGGUUGCUCAUGCCAAGUCGCUGGCCAGGUGCCCAAGACACGAGGAGGGAGCAGGGCCUUGUCAGAUGCGCAUCUGAUGUUCCUGGAGGCUGCAGAAUGACGUCCAUGUUUCGCUCCAGCUCAUCCCAUCCUCCCAUGGGACAGGGGAGAGAAAUGGCUGCAGAGGAGCCAGCUCAGGGGCUGGUGACCUUCAAGGAAGUGGCUGUGUAUUUCACGAACCAAGAGUGGGCUCUGCUGGACCCCACUCAGAGAGCCCUCUACAGAGACGUCAUGCAGGAGAACUAUGAGAAUGUGACCUCGCUGGGGUUUCCAGUUUCCCAACCUGAUGUGAUCUCCCAGCUGGAACAAGGGGAAGAGUCAUGGGUCCGAGACCUCCAGGGUUCAGAGGAAAGAGAGAUCCUGAGAGCUCCCUGCACAGCAGGUGAUGCAAUUCUUUGUGAGAAUGAGCAGAAUUCUCAGCAGGAAGCUGCUGAGCAAGUGGCUAAAUAUGGAGCAUUAUCGCAGAGAUCGAAAAGGAAUGUGUCCAGGAGUCAUGAGCAGGGAAAAUCCUGUGAGAUUCAGCACAGACCAGAGAGAGAACAGGGAAACCAGCCAGGAGAGAAAGUGGGUAAAUAUAUUUAUUCUCAGGGAACUCAGGAGAACCUCAAGGAAACCACAAUCCAGCAAGAAAUCUUCAUGGGAAAGAGAAAAAAUACAUGCACUGAGGGUGGGAAAAACUUAAGUGACUACUCAGCCCUUAUUAAACAUCAGAGAAUCCACACAAGAGAGCGGCCCUAUGAAUGCAGUGAGUGUGGGAAAAACUUCACUCACAGAUCAGGCCUUUUUCAACAUCAGAGAAUCCACACAGGGGAGAGGCCCUAUGAAUGCAGUGAGUGUGGGAAAACCUUCAGUCAACGCUCAAGCCUUGUUAGUCAUCAGAGAAUCCACACAGGGGAGAGGCCCUAUGAAUGCAGUGAGUGUGGAAAAACCUUCAAUCACAACUCACACCUUAUUACCCAUCAGAGAAUCCACACAGGAGAGAGGCCCUGUGAAUGCAGUGAGUGUGGGAAAACCUUCAAUUGCAACUCACACCUUAUUACCCAUCAGAGAAUUCACACAGGAGAGAGGCCGUAUGAAUGCUGUGAGUGUGGGAAAACCUUCAAUUGCAGCUCACACCUUAUUACCCAUCAGAGAAUUCACACAGGAGAGAGGCCGUAUGAAUGCCGUGAGUGUGGGAAAACCUUCAAUCGCAGCUCAAACCUUAUUACCCAUCAGAGAAUCCACACAAGGGAGCGGCCCUAUGAAUGCCGUGAGUGUGGGAAAAGUUUCACUAACAGAGCAGCCCAUCUUAAUCAUCAGAGAAUCCACACAGGGGAGAGGCCCUAUGAAUGCAGUGUGUGUGGGAAAAACUUCACUCAUAGAUCAGGCCUUUUUCAACAUCAGAGAAUCCACACAGGGGAGAGGCCCUAUGAAUGCAGUGAGUGUGGGAAAACCUUCAUUCGGCGCUCACAUCUUAUUACACAUCAGAGAAUCCACACAGGAGAGAAACCAAAUGAAUGCAGUGAGUGUGGGGAAACCUUCAGUCAACACUCCAGCCUUGUUAGUCAUCAGAGAAUCCACACAGGGGAGAGACCCUAUGAAUGCAGUGAGUGUGGGAAAACCUUCAUUCAGUGCUCACAUCUUAUUACACAUCAGAGAAUGCACACAGGUGAGAAACCCUAUGAAUGCAGGGACUGUCGGAAAACCUUUUUUUGGAGCUCAGCCCAUGUUAGGCAUCAGAGAAUCUGCAAGGGAGAUCAACGCCAUAAAAGCCUCUAGGGCUAUCAAGACUUCUUUUUUUCUUUAAUACUUUGGCUGAUUCCCCCAUAGUGACCUUUAAAGCUGUUUGAACUGUUUGCAGCACCGUUAUCCCUCAGCUUGUCCAGAUGGGUGACCUAUUUUUGCCUUUUGCAAUUCACCCUGUUUCGAGGUAGACCCAUUUGUCCUUUCUAUCAACUCCAUUGGCUCAUGAGUAAUUCGAAUGUGCCCUUCCUACAGGGAACCAGGGAGCAUCACAUUUAUACCAUUCCUCCUAUUGCAGACUUAUUGUUAGUCACCAAUGAUGCAGAUUGUAUCGUUGCUAGUUGUUCUCAUGUUGCUCUGGGUUGUGCUGAAGAGCAGUUAUAUUGGGAACAUUUAAAUUAUAUUUAAAUGAAGAGGAGCAGGGGCAGGAAAAAAGGUGUCAAUUCAGCCUCUGUGACACUGGAAGGAGAUGGUGUGACUCAGAGAUUCCCUCCUUCCCCAUCACUCCAGAACUGUUACCUCCUAUCUGAUCCAUGCAGAGUUUGUCUUCAUCACAUUCUAUCCAUCCACUUCUCAAAGUGUCAUGUGAUGAAGUGUUAUCAGCUGUCUGUGCUUGGAGAUGAUGCUGUGACUUCUUUAAUCCUAUAUCAGAGUCACUAUAACUGGAGAUGAAAGGUCAAAGACCCGGACGGGGAAUUAAAAUGGAUCCCAAACACAGUGUGAUCAUUUGGAGUUUAAAUCCCAGGUUCCAUCUAUUGGUAAAGCCACUUCUGUCAAGGUCAGUGUUUUGUCCCCCAUUAUGGGGAUGCUAGGAUACUAAAAAAAAAUUAAAUAGCAUAACUGACUAUUGAGACAGUGCUGAGUGAAGCAGGUUUGAAUGGAUCAGAGGAGAAUGUGAUGGGAGAAUCUCUUGUCCUGAUUCUGAAUAAUCAGAUGUAACCUACUCUGGAAUUUCACUUGACACUUUCAUUGUCAUGUAUUCUAUCUCUCUGUGAUGUGGGUUUCUAUCUUUCCUGAAGGCUGUUUGGUCACCCAAUUGGAUAUUAGUUCAGUUUGAUAGGAUGUAGCUCAGAUUUAUUGGAGAAUUUAAGACAAAUGACCAUUUGCUAAAGUCAUCAUUUCUCAGCUCAUCAUUUCUUCAACUUUGCGUUUUCCCCAUCCCUCCAUGAUGACAUGGAAAAAGUUCAAGUGCAGUUCUGUCAAUAGGAGAGAACUCUCCAAUUUACUCAACAUACUAACAAAGAAACAGCAGUGAUUUAAAAUCUCAACUCGGAAAUGGUGAACAACAGCAGAAUCCCAACUAACUGAAGGAAGUGCAUAUGAUCACAGUGUAGUUCAGUUGUUGAAGUCAAUCUUGUCACAGAUGAUGUGGGGAGAGAAUUCCACGGUACGUGAUUUUGAACUAGGCAAAAUGCCCAUGUAUUUGGUUCCUAAAGCAUUUGUAACCCAGGCUCCACAGAAGAUCUCUCCUAGCUAAUCCUAUGCUAUGGGAUGCAGACGUUGAAGAAAUAGAAGUGGAAGUUUUGUUGAAUUUAUCCUUUGUAGGUGCUAAAAAUGUGUAUAAAAUGAAAUCAGUGUUGGAAAUCUAAUAGCUGCAGAAAAAUAGCUAUUUUUGAAUAGAAACUCCAGCUCUGAUAACUAACAGAGAUUCUGAUCCAGGCCUGUAUCCAGUCCCUUGCCUGGACCUGUGCCACCAAAUUAAAAAAAAACUGGGCAUGUUUUAGGAAGCCAUUCCUUACUAACACUGCUGAGAUUUUGAGUGGUUUUGUAAAGGAUUCUACUUCAGAGAAGUGUAAAUUUACCCUAACUAAGGCCAAGGAUUUGGAAAGAACUGGGGUUGAAAGAGUUCACAUCCAAUUCUUGGUUUCCAUCCCAGUAAAGAAAGCUAUGGUGACCAAUCACCCAAGGAAAAUUGUUUGUACAACUCCACUUACUAGUGCAAUGUCACUGAUUACAGUUCCAAAGGAUACCAGGGUUAGACUGAGAACAAUCAUCCUUCACCGUUUGGAUCCAAAGAGAGAGUGCUUCAUAGGACAUUCCUUCUUCGUGGAGCCCAAACUAGCUGCUUGAUUGGGUAACAAGGACUUUCAGGCUGUAGAAAUGAUGACAAUCAAUGAGGCAACAAAUGUAUCAGGCUCCAAUUUCAGACUUCCAGAUACUCACAUGUUGAGUCCUGAUUCUAUGGUUUUGUGUCUGAGGCUAUGGCUACACAAUAAAGCUGAUGUUAGCGCAGCUGCACCAAUGUAGCUGCGCUGAUGUAGCACUGCUAUUACAGACGCGCUCAGCCAAUGGGAGAGAUCUCUCCCAUUGGACUUUAUUAGUCCAGCCCCCGCAAGCGGCGGUGGCUAUGUUGGCAGGAGGAGCUCUCCUGCUCAUGUAGCACUAUCUACACAGGGGGUUAGGGCUGUGUAACUACGUUGCUCAGCAGUGUGGAUUUUUCACACCCCUGAGCAAUAUAGUUAUAUGAUAAAUGUCUUUAGUGUAGACCAGAUAGUUUUCUCUUGUGUUUUAUGCAUUUACAUCACUUCUCCUCUACCUCCUUCUACUUUGAAAGAUUAAAAAGUGUGAAUAGAGAGGUAUUUUUCCUCAUGAUGCAAACACUCCCACAUAGGAAAUCCCUUGCACUAACACACAUGGCAGAAGAACCAGAGAUUUAUGAACUCACAGAAGUGGCUGGGACCUACGUUGGGACAAACCACAACUUGAGCCAAGGUUCAGUUGAUGGCAAUGGGGAUAAAAGAAAAUUAACAUAUAUGACAAGAAUUUGUGAUCUUUGAAUAUGUUGUUGUUAUCAAUGAAAAUGAAAUUAUAGGUGAAGUUAUUGGUUAAAGAGUUAGA